AUGGAGGUUCUGAUUUCAGCAGUUGCAGGUGAUCUUGUAAGUCGGUUCAUCUCUUUUCUAGCACAAAAUUUUGGCACCCACACAUGUGAGGAGGAUGAUCGAAGAAGGCUGGAGCGCAUAUUGCUAAGGAUGAACACCGUUGUUGAGGAAGCAGAUGGGCGACACAUCACAAAUCAAGGAAUGUUUCUGCAGCUGAAGACACUCAUGGAGGGUGUGUAUCUCGGGUACUACAUGCUUGACAUUCUCAAGGUCCAGUCCCUUGGAGAAAAGAGCGUCGAAGAUGAUGAGGUGAGUCACGGGAGCCAAUCCUACGCCGUUUGUACUUUUAACACUGCCAAGCGCCUUCGUUUUGCUUCUGUAAUGAAGAACAAACCAGUAGAAUUUUGUACUGGGAGCACAAUAAAAUUGAAAAGUGUUCUUGAAAGUUUAGAAGCCAAGACUGCAGAUAUGAGAGAGUUUGUCAUCCUCCUCAGCAGCUGCCCUCGCCUUGUUCGCCAGCCAUACAGUACGUAUCUAUACAUGGAUAAUUGUUUGUUUGGCCGCCACAUCGAGAAAGAGAAACUCAUCAACUUCUUGCUAUGCGAGGACAGCCAUGAUUGCAAAAAUAUUAGCAUCCUUCCGAUCAUCGGUCCACACUUAACUGGAAAGAAAACUCUCAUGCAACAUGCUUGCAAGGAUGAGAGGGUGUGUGGUCGUUUCUCUAACAUGUUUUUCUUCAAAGGAGAUGAUCUACGGAGAGGAGAAUUUGCAGCGAUAUGCAAGGCAGCCUCGGGGAAGUGCUUGUUUGUUGUUGCUUUUAGCUGGGAUGUGGAUGAAGCAGCUUGGAAAAAAUUCCAGUCAUAUUUGCAUAGGUUGCAUGGGAUUAAAAUUGUAAUCAUAGGCAGAGCAGAGAAAAUUGCAGAAUUUGGGACUACUCAACCCAUCAGGAUGAAGUUUUUACCCCAGGAAGAGUACUGGUACUAUUUCAAGGCACUGGCCUUUGGAAGCAUGGAUCCUGAUGAGCACCCAAAUCUGGCAUCUGUGGGCAUGAAGCUGGCUACUGAGCUGCAUGGAUCUUUUCUUGCUGCAAAUAUAGUCGGUGGGGUAUUAAGGUCUAAUCCUAAUGCUAAAUUUUGGUGCAACAUGUUAUUGAAAGUAAGAGAGCUAGCACGGACACACAGUUGCUUUGGUCCGGUUCAUGGCUUUCUGGUUUAUGAUUUGAGAGAGGCUGGCCCUAGGCAAAGUGAGCUGCCAAAACUGUCAUGGCAAGAACUACUAAACGGGGCUGGUGUUCCUGAUGAACACAAGUUUGAUGUGUUGGCAUGGAGAUCCCGGAUUCCUCCUUACCGUGACUACAUAAUUACUUUUCAGAAACGGAAGCCGCGUCAUAAAGCCAGCAGGAAGAAUUAUCUGGCCCAGAGAUUAGGAUAAAUGUUAAUUUGGUAAACACAAAUGCACGGAGGAAUUGUAUCCCUAUGUUAGUUCAAGAGGUUACACUACUCUACUCUUGUUUCUCUUUUACAGAAUGGAAGAGCUUUGUU